CGCAGUAUAAUGUGCACGCAUCGAGUGAAAAAGCUGCGCGGAAAAUGAGAUCCAAAUGUAACGCCAACCGGCAGCAGCAGCGGCAGCGGUUAGCGACAUCUAAGGCACAGGACCAGAGCGGCCAGUAUUCUGUUGGUAAGCAGGAUGGACGCACAGGAAAGCGUCUGGCAAGGACAAGAGCUGGUCCGCCACGGAUGUCGCUCGGUGCGACGAUGCUGCUGGUCACACUGUUAGGUCCGGCGCUAGAUGUACGGCAUGGGCCAAGUAUGACCGUUAGCGGGAGCGAGUUCCCCGAGCGUGAAUGCUGCGAUCCAGUUUAUCCACCGAUGCCCGACCCGGAGCCGAUUCCGGGUCCGGCCUACCCGACGACGACGAUUUCCACCUCCUCCUCGUUUCAGACCGGCCAGGGUGGGAGUGUGGGCGGUGGGCUAAUAGGUGGGGGAGUUGGUGGUGCUGGAGCAGGAUCCACGGCAGUGGGAAACGAGCUCGGUGGUGGGCUGAUCGGCACGGGUUCCGGUAGUCAACUGUCAUCCUCGCGACCGAUGCAUAUCGGUUAUUCUGGAUCGAAUAUUAAGACUGCAAUAGCUAUUUUAAAUUGUAUAUUAGCACGACAGCUGUGCUUCGAGGACCCGUCAUGCUCUGCCAUCCUGGAGAUUAUACCGCGCGUCUGUGGGCCCGUACCGGUUGCCUGCAGCACGGUUACCGUAACGAAAUGUCAGGCCGCCCUCCGGACGCUGCAGGCGUUUCCAUUUUUCCGGCCCACCUGUCUGUGCAAGGAGCCGGGCAUCGAUCCGGACUGUAAUUAUUUUCGAGACUUCCUGUUCGAUCAUCCCUGCGGUUUCGUGUCCAAGAAAGAAAAAGAUCCCUAUCCGGUGGAUGCAUUACCGACGUGCAAUCAUGCACUAUCUGUGUGCCAGCAGGAGCGAAAGUGUAUAAAAUUAUUCGAGGAUUUUAAGCUACACUGUAAAGUGCGGGAAAAUAAGUGCCGCAUGGAAGAUAGGGAUUUGUGCUACGAAGCGUGGACUAAUCUGCGAUUAUCGCCGAUGUUCGGCUGCAUCUGCCCGAAUAAUCACAUGAAGCGCAGAUGUGAUAAAAUAUUUAGCGUUGUUAACCAUAAUCCGUGCGUCGAUGUGCUUCCCUCCGCACUAGACACAUCUUCCGGCACCGCAACUAAUUCCAUCUAUCCGAACUUUUUUCCCUCCGACAUCAUAGAAGAUCCUCCACCUACCAGCACUUAUCCGUACUUUCUGUUUCCCUCCAAGAAGUAUCCACCGUCGGCGUUCGGGUCCGCCAUUUACCACGCUACCGUGGACUACAUCAACCUACCCGAUGGGGGCACGGGCUCGAACACGUCCAACGGGACCAACCCAGAGACAGAUCAAUCCUCCUCCUCCUCCUCCUCCUCCUCCUCUACUAUUCCCCGCCAGUAUCCGGGAACCGAGCAUAACUAUCGCACUAGAUACGAGCACAAUUUUGACACCAGCAUGCACCACACCAAGCACCAAAGUCCCACUCACAGUAGCAGUAAUAAUGCACCCAUCGCACCGUCGUGGCCCGACCAGCACCAACACCAGCACCAGCACCAGCAGCAUCCGUACCGUCACGGCGAGAAUGGUACGGCCGAUCCUACCGGUCACGUUGGUAUGGGACGAUGGGAUAGCAUGUCGGUCCCAUCUGACCUCCAGCAGCAACCGGAGACUGUACGGGCAAUGGGUGUGGACGAUAAUUAUCACCGUCUGCUGGACCAGAAUAUGGCCCUGAUCGAGACGCCGCUGGUCGCGCCACCGCAUGCCUACUAUCCGCAGCACUACAAGACGGCACUCUAUCCGUACAACAUCAGCGGCUAUCACCAUCUGCAUCAGCACGGUACCGGCGGCCACUUCGGUAGCCACCAGCACCAACCGCAUCAGCAUUCGUACGGUGGGUUCGAGUACGAGUACGCGACCGGUGGCGGUGUUGGUGGUAGCAUCGGUGGCCCCGGUACCGGUGGCUACCUGGCCGCAUCGGCUGGGUCCGCUCCGGUCGACAAUAUUCUGAUCAGUUUGAACGGUGGCAAUGGAGAUGCGGCCAUCGAGCUCGACGGUUCGAGCUACGAGCACACAAUGGACAAACAAUUCGGAUCGGACGACAUUGAAGAAAAAGAGGCGGAAAUGAGUUUUAUUCACUUCCAAAGUACCUGCCACCUUGCGCUGGACUCUUGCCGUGACGAUCAGGUAUGUUCGUCCGCACUGAAAACGGUUCUGAUGCACUGCGAUCAGCAUCGGUGCAAUCGAAACGCUUGCAUGGAGUCGCUGCAGAGCUUUUACAAGAGCAUUCACGACGAUCUCAGCCUGGACAUUGCGUUCUGUCUGUGCAGAAAAACACCGAACCGGCACGACAGCUGCAUGAUCGCGCAGGAAAAGCUGCAUCCCGUGUGCGCUCAGCGGCCACCGGAAAGCCUCAGCCAGCAGUCUUCAUCGGCCGGUAACGGUAUCACGUACAAUGCGCCGCCAGCGUGCCACGCCGUCGCGGAGCUGUGCCGUGAGGAUGAAGACUGCCGCGCCCGGCUGGAGGUGUUCGAGCAGUCCUGUGCGGUGGACAGUGUGACCAAGAAGUGUGCCGGAAAGACGAGCGCUUGCAGGCAGGCUAUGCUUGGCAUUCUGGGCACACCGCUCAGGACGACCUGCGCCUGCCAGGGCUCGGACAUGCAGCAGCUGUACGACUGUCUGGGUUGGCAGCGACUGCUCUGGCUCAACCCUUGCGUUGUUGAGUCACAGAAAGACUUUCACUUGAAGCGCUUGGCGGAGCUGGGACUACUGACGACUACGACGACGAUGGCCACAACUACGACAACCGCCACCACCACGACCACCACCAUGAGAACUACCCGUGUUACGCAUCCACCAACACUUCCUCCAACAAAACCAAAACCCGUGUAUCGACCAAAGCCAACCGAGAUGCACACGAUCGAAACAAAUUACGUUGAAACGCCUGACACGCGUCCAGAAACGCUUCUGCACAAUCAAAACGGUGUGAUUGAACGUUCCGAUAUCGAUCGUGGCUACCAACAUCCUCACCCUGAUGAGUAUGAUCGGUCUUCCGGGACUAGGCAUCAGCCGGUUGAUACGGACGGUGAGGAUGAAAUGGCGGGACAGUACGAGAAAGAAAUCUACCAAAGACCCGACGAGCAGGUGCUCCACGUAGCCAGCACGGAGAUUCAGGAGGUGGAGACUCUUGCGCCAACAACCGUGACUACAACAACAACCGAACCGACGACAACACCUGUUCCAAUAAGAUACUGCGUAGUACAGAGAUCUCAUCAGCCCGAUCAGCUGAUCGCGGAAGGAAAGAGUCGCAGGCUCUACAUCUUGGACGAUGCCGAAUGCAGCGAACUGUGCACGUGUGGUGGUGGAGAUUCACUCGCUCUUACCUGUCAUGCACUGUGCGUUCCGUUGGCUCCUUGCCGGACCGCCCUAGCUUACUACAGCCACGCUGCCCCAGCAUACCAAGCGUUCCGUGGACGAUGCCUCUGCUAUUCGGGACGGUUCAUCUGCAUGAGGCCACCGCCGGGAGAAUAUCAGCUUCCUGGAGGUAUCUUUCUUCUAUUAGGUUAUAGUUCUACCGACGAAGCACUGUUAAGACCGCACACUAACUUAGGAGUACAGGACGCCGUACGUGCCCUACAGCAAUACGUCCUGCAGCAUAUCGAUAACUCGACUCUCUGUACAUUGACACUGUUCAACAUCACGGAAGAAAACAUAAUUCUUUCAAUAAGGUUACCGACGGAUCCGAAGCUCACACCAAUGCAGUUGUUAAAGCUGGAAAAGGACCAGUGUACCAGGAUACUGGAAACGAUCAGUCACCAGAUCAACACACAGUACGUGGAACUGUCCGCUCAUCGAUUGCUCAGCAUUUUCAAGAUGGCCGAGGUACAGAUCGUAUGGCCCGAGGUCAGUAGCGCCCGACAACACACCACCCCAACGGUGACGGUCAGUCUGCUCACGGGCGUUGCAAUGGUGCUGCUCACACUCUGCGGCACACUCGUCCCACCGUUUGUCCGGUGGAACCAACAUCACCAUCAACGAUGGCCGGCUGCACCACGAUCAGUUACGUGACGAUUGACAAUACCGACGUAAAGUGGGAU